GGUUCCCAGUGGUCAGCCUGCCCAGCAGCAUCAAACACACACAGACUCCAUAUUUAUGCUGCUCGAGGACAGCAUCAUCACUUUCGUGAAAGAUGAGCUGAAGAAGAUGCAGAAGGUUCUGAGUCCAGAUUACCCAGAAUGCUCAGAGGGUCAGAGAAAGGAGGAAAAGGAGUUGGUAGAUGGAGAUGAAGAACAGAAGAGGGCAAACAGAGAAGCAUUUCUAAAGAUCACGCUCAACUUCCUGAGACGAAUGAAACAGGAGGAGCUAGCUGACCAUCUGCAGAGCAAAAUGUUUGCUCCACUUUGUCAAAUUAAACUUAAAUCUGCUCUGAAGAAGAAGUUCCAGUGUGUGUUUGAGGGCAUCGCUAAAGCAGGAAACCCAACCCUUCUGAAUCAGAUCUACACAGAGCUCUACAUCACAGAGGGAGGGACUGCAGAGGUCAAUGAUGAACAUGAGGUCAGACAGAUUGAAACAGCAUCCAGGAAACCAGACAGACCAGAAACAACAAUCAGACAAGAAGACAUCUUUAAAGGCUCACCUGGAAGAGAUGAACCAAUCAGAACAGUGCUGACAAAGGGAGUGGCUGGCAUUGGGAAAACAGUCCUAACACAGAAGUUCACUCUGGACUGGGCUGAAGACAAAGCCAACCAGGACAUCCAGUUCAUGUUUCCAUUCACUUUCAGAGAGCUGAAUGUGCUGAAAGAGAAAAAGUUCAGCUUGGUGGAACUUGUUCAUCACUUCUUCACUGAAACCAAAGAAGCAGGAAUCUGCAGCUUUGAAGACUUCCAGGUUGUGUUCAUCUUUGAUGGUCUGGAUGAGUGUCGACUUCCUCUGGACUUCCACAACACUGAGAUCCUGGCUGAUGUUACAGAGUCCACCUCAGUGGAUGUGCUGCUGACAAACCUCAUCAGGGGGAACCUGCUUCCCUCUGCUCACCUCUGGAUAACAACACGACCUGCAGCAGCCAAUCAGAUCCCUGCUGAGUGUGUUGACAUGGUGACAGAGGUCAGAGGGUUCAAUGACCCACAGAAGGAGGAGUACUUCAGGAAGAGAUUCAGAGAUGAGGAGCAGUCCAGCAGGAUCAUCUCCCACAUCAAGACAUCACGAAGCCUCCACAUCAUGUGCCACAUCCCAGUCUUCUGCUGGAUCACUGCUACAGUUCUGGAGGAUGUGCUGAAAACAAGAAAGAGAAGAGAGCUGCCCAAGACCCUGACUGAGAUGUAUAUCCACUUCCUGGUGGUUCAGGCCAAAGUGAAGAAGGUCAAGUAUGAUGAAGGAGCUGAGACAGAUCCACACUGGAGUCCAGAGAGCAGGAAGAUGAUUGAGUCUCUGGGAAAACUGGCUUUUGAUCAGCUGCAGAAAGGAAACCUGAUCUUCUAUGAAUCAGACCUGACAGAGUGUGGCAUCGAUAUCAGAGCAGCCUCAGUGUACUCAGGAGUGUUCACACAGAUCUUUAAAGAGGAGAGAGGGCUGUACCAGGACAAGGUGUUCUGCUUCAUCCAUCUGAGUGUUCAGGAGUUUCUGGCUGCUCUUCAUGUCCAUCUGACCUUCAUCAACUCUGGAGUCAAUCUGCUGGAAGAACAGCAAAAAAGUUCCCACAAGCCUAAAAUAUUUAGCACACCAAGCCUACAAUCUCUAAACAAGAGUGCUGUAAAGAAGUCCUUACAGAGUCCAAAUGGACACCUGGACUUGUUCCUCCGCUUCCUCCUGGGUCUUUCACUGCAGACCAAUCAGACUCUCCUACGAGGUCUUCUGACACAGACAGGAAGUAGCUCACAGGCCAAUCAGAAGACAGUUCAGUACAUCAAGAAGAAGCUCAAUGAGAAUCUGUCUGCAGAGAAAAGCAUCAACCUACUCCACUGUCUGAAUGAACUGAAUGAUCGUUCUCUAGUGGAGGAGAUCCAAAAGUCCCUGAGUUCAGGAAGUCUCUCCACAGAUAAACUGUCUCCUGCUCAGUGGUCAGCUCUGGUCUUCAUCUUACUGUCAUCAGAAGAAGAUCUGGAUGUGUUUGACCUGAAGAAAUACUCUGCUUCAGAGGAGGCUCUGCUGAAGCUGCUGCCAGUGGUCAAAGCCUCCAGGAACGCUUUGCUGAAUUGUUGUAACCUCUCAAAAAAGAGCUGUGAAGCUCUUUCCUCAGCUCUCAGCUCCCAGUCCUCUAGUCUCAUAGAGCUGGACCUGAGUAACAAUGACCUGCAGGAUUUUGGAGUGAAAAUCUUGGCUUCUGGACUGGAAAGUCUGCACUGCAAACUGGAAACACUCAGGCUGAAUAGCUGUAACUUGUCAGAGAAAAGUUGUGAAACCCUGUUCUCAGUUCUCAGUUCUCAGUCCUCUAGUCUUAGAGAACUGGACCUGAGCAACAACGACCUGAAGGACAUUGGAAUAAAACUCUUUUCAACUGUACUGAAAAGUCCAAAUCUCAAACUGGAAGUAAUCAGGGUGGAGCCUGCUGGAGUCCGAUGGCUGAUCCCAGGUCUGAGGAAGUAUUCCUGUCAACUCACAAUCAACACAAACACAGUGCACAAAAACCUCAAACUGUCUGACAACAACAGGAAGGUCACACGUGUGUAUGAGGAUCAGUCAUAUCCUGAUCAUCCAGACAGGUUUGAUCGUCCUCAGCUGCUGUGUAGAGAUGGUCUGACUGGUCGCUGUUACUGGGAGGUCGAGUGGAGAGGAAAGGUUGAAAUAUCAGUGAGUUACAGAAGAAUUCCAAAAAGAGGAGACAGUGACGGUUUGUUUGGAUGGAACGAUCACUCCUGGAGUCUAAACUGCUGUAAUGAUGGUCAUUACUCUGCCUGGCACAAAAAGAGAGAAACAUCCAUCUCCUCCACCUCCUCCUCCUCCUCCUCUGUCUCUAACAGAGUAGCAGUGUAUGUGGACUGUCCUGCUGGCACUCUGUCCUUCUACAGAGUCUCCUCUGACACUCUGAUCCACCUCCACACCUUCAACACCACAUUCACUGAACCUCUUUAUGCUGGAUUUACACUCUGGUCUCGUGCUUCCUCAGUGUCUCUGUGCUGAGUUGAGUGUAAAGAGUGUCCUCCUGUCAGAGAAACUCUGACUGUUGAACAGAUAGUUCAGUCUGUACAUGUCUGUCUCUUUCACUCA